AUAAAAAGUUGAAAACAUAAUAAUAAUAAAGUUCUAAGAACACAUAUAUAUCUGCUCAUAUGUAUAUAUGAAAAUGUGCUAUACAUUUAUAGAGUUAAGUAUAUAAUUAAGUGUAAAAAACAAUUUUGCUAAAAGUCAAUAAACGCAUGUGAAUGUGUGUGUAGAGCUUAAAAGCAACAUUAAAAUAACCGUUAAUCAAACGUGUUCAUUUAAUGCCAAUUUAACAACAAAUGCCUGCUGUGCAUAUGCUUCCCAAGUGUUUUUGUAUAAAAUAGCAGCGGACUAGCAGCAGCAGCAAAAUGAAUUGCCUCUGCCGACCAUCGCGGAUUAUGUCCGUGCGCAUCAAUCUGCUGGACGAAACGGAUUUUAUACACGAGGUGAAGGACGAUUUGCCGGGCCAAGCAUUGUUGGAUGUUGUUUUCGCCAGACUUAAUUUAAUCGAAACUUCAUAUUUUGGCAUACGCUAUAUCGACGAAGAGAACCAGACGCAUUGGCUGGAUCCAGCUUCUCGUAUAUCACGACAACUGAAACCCAAAUCAGAUCCGUAUGAUUUGUAUUUUGGUGUUAAAUUCUAUGCUGCAGAUCCAUGUAAAUUACUCGAAGAAAUCACAAGGUAUCAACUGUUUCUACAAGUGAAACAAGAUGUAUUACAAGGCAGAUUGCCUGUGGCUUUCGAAUUGGCGGCAGAGUUGGGCGCAUUCGUUGUACAAUCUGAAUUGGGAGAUUACGACCAACGACGCCACUCCAAAGGUUAUGUGUCCGAGUUUCGUUUGCUGCCGAAUCAGAGCAGCGAACUGGAAACACGUGUCGCCGAGCUACAUCAGCAAUUAAUGGGCAUGUCACCAGCGACAGCGGAGCUAAAUUAUUUAGACAAAGUCAAAUGGCAUGAUAUGUAUGGUGUGGAUUUGCAUCCGGUGUUGGGCGAGGACAGCGUGGAGUAUUUUCUGGGUUUGACGCCAAGUGGCAUUGUGGUGUUGCGGAAUAAGACGACGGUGGCUCAUUACUAUUGGCCGCGUAUUGCCAAAGUUUACUACAAAGGACGCUAUUUCAUGCUGCGGAUAAGCGAUAAAAAUAAUGAUCUCAGUACAUACGGUUUUGAGACGCCACGUAAAUCUGCGUGCAAACACUUGUGGCGCUGCUGUGUGGAGCAUCACGCUUUCUUUCGCAUGGUUCGUAUUGCGCCGCUGCCCAAUUCACAAUCAAAUAAUUCGGAUUUAUUUCAACUCGGUUCACGCUUGCGUUACAGCAGUCGUUCGGAGAAGCAGCCAUCGGCCAAGGAUGGCUUCAACUUGGGCCGCAUACAGCCGGCAUUUACACGUGUCCCCUCGAAACGCCAGCCAAGACGCGUGAUUGAUGACUUUUUGAAUGGUAGUAAAAGCGCCAGCAACACCCUGAAAAACGGCAAAGGAGUAGUCGGUCAUGGAAAUGGCACCAGCGUCACUGAUGGCAACGGCAGCGUUUAUCAUAAUGUCAGCGGCGGUGGCGGCGGUGUGGGAAUGCAAACGUCUAACAUGUUGCCAAACAACUACGAGAGUCCCUACCGUUCCACCUACAGCAUACCAACGAGUCUCGGCAUACGGCCCUACCAUCAGCAGACUAAUUUGAGCAAUAACGGCGGUUGCAAUAGUAAUUUGCAAACACCUGAUUCGCCGCGCAGCACGCGUAGCGCACCAUGGCCACGUUCACAACAGCGUUCACUAUUCGGUAAUAAUCCCUCAAGUCCACGAUCCGUACGAUCAGCAAUUGCAACAGGUGGCGGCAGCGGUGGUGGUGGUAGUAGCGGCUCACAUCAUCACCAUCAACACCAACACCACCAUCACCACCAGCAUCAGUCCGGUUCGUCAUCACAGCAUCGUCAAUCGUCACAUUCCGCGCAUCGCGAUCACGUAUCAUCUUCGUCGGCAUCUCAACAACAGCAACAACGUUAUCGCUCGAGUUCAGUGGAGAGUCAUUCGUCAAACGAUUCACGCUCGACGCGCAGGCAUAAGCACCGCCAUCGGCGUACCUCCGAUAAUGAGAGUGAAUUAUCGCGUGGUUCUGGACGCUCCGCUCGUUCCCAUCAUCGCAAGCAUCGUCGUUCGCGUCAUCGACGCGACUCUGCCGGUUCGGAUCAUGAAAGUACGCGCGGUCGGAGCUACUCGGGCCAUCGUUCGUCAUCGGUGCGCAGCGGCUCGGCGGAGUUAAUCGAUUCGACUUCACAGUGGCGUGAAGUGCAGCGUCGUCAAGCUGAAGCUAGUCUCGGUCAGAGUUCCGUACAGCAGGCGUCCGUUUCGAAGAGUAGCAUGGUGGCGCGUAGUCUGCACAGCAAUGAUAGUCACUCGGAUACGCAUUCGCAUCACAAAUCCCGGCGACAUCGUAAGAAUAAAUCUCCCUCCGAUUCGCGUAAUCGCAUUUGGUCCAGCGAACUGGCGAAACAUUUGCAAUUCGAUUUGGUUGACACGGCUGGCAUGACUGAGGAUCAGCUGCGCGAAAUACCCUAUACAGUGGUCGAGACGAAUUCAAAACGUUCCGCAGCGAAUAUGAAACUUCAUAAAAGCGGCAGUAAGGGCAGUGUGGGUGGAAAGAGCACUGGCUCGGGCAAUACGUUGACAAAUGGCAGUGGCUCAACAGGUGGACAGGGCAAGAAUCGUGUGGAUCGUAUUAGAGGAAAAUGUGAAUCUAUUCAACCAACCACCAGCAACGAUUGUAUCAGAUUGUACUUUCAAAGUUCGAAUGUGACUGAUAAUAACAGCGGUCGAAAUGGAUCUAUACGCUCUGCCAGUACAAUAUCUUCGAGGGAAUGUGAGCGGAAUAGUGGAUUAGUCAGAAUGAUGUCCAGCAUGAGUAUGGGCGACUUCAUCUCACCAACAGGCUCGAAUCUCAGUCCGCUAGAGAACUCUGCUUUGCGAGUGUCACACGAACACACCGAUUCUGGGCUGGGAGCCGAUCAGGACUAUGCUUAUUCAUCUGAAAGAUCUAGCGAUAGCACGCGUUAUGGCACCAACAAAUCUUCGGGCGCCUCCAGCGGCAGUCAUCGCAAGUCUAUUGGUGGUGGAGGAGGUGGUGGAGGCGGCGGCGGCGGCGGAAGCGGUGGUGGUGGUAUAUCCACUUACAACAGCUUAAUGCAACAAACUGUGAGUAAUCAGCAAAUGCAAUACCAACAACAACAACAACAACAGGCUACACCACUACGCCAAGCUUCAUGCUUUGCACAACGCCAACAACAAACAUCGCAAACGAAACCCAUUUACAAUAAUCCCAACAACCUUUCACUACAUCAUCAGCAACAACAACAACAGCAACAACAACAACAUCAUCAAAUGGGCAAAUCUUUGGCACCCAUACACACCUCAACCACUUCCCAUGGUCCCACCCCAGUCUCAUCCCUCGCAGCAACUAACCUUACUAAUGCUAAUGAGAAAUGUGGCUCCGCAAAAGCUGCACACUCAGCAAGCUCAAACUUAAACUCCAACUCUAAUAACAAUCCAAAUAUCAAUACAAACAACCAACACAACAACAGCAACAGCAACAUGCAUAAUAAAAGUAGCAACAACAGCGGUGUGGGUGUGGGCAAUCGUCUGCUGAGCUACACCACAUUCGAGAACAAUCAAUACAAGUUCAGUUUGAAUAAUGUUUUUGGCAAAUCGUCAGCAGCCGGUAGCAGCAGUGGCGGCCAUAACGGUAGCAGUAGUGGUGGUAACGGUGGUAGUAGCGGUAAUAUUGCAAUGCAUAGUGCAUUUAGUGGUGGUGGUGUUGGUAAUAAUUCAUAUGGUUGUGGUAGUCAUUUAAGUUCUAGCACCAAUCGCAUGGAUAGUUUCGUCGAAUGGCCCAAUACGCCGGCGGCGCCCUACUACUAUCAGGGCCCAUCCUCGGUCGCUGGGGUGCAUGUGAAGAAACGGGACGCUAAGUCGGAUAUUGGCGUGCCGACAAGGCGACUAUCCGGACAGGCAAUCACCAAAACGCAGCUGCUCACUGGCCAAUUGCCGGCUGGCAGCUAUUAUCCUACACCUGCGCCCAUACACACAGCUGGCGGCUUGAGCGGCGUUGCAGGUGGUGGUGGUGGUGGCGCCUUCGACUCACGUCUACAUCCAGCCAAAUCUGAUCUCUUUCUCUCCUACAUACAUCAUGGUGGCGGCGGUGGCGCGGAGUACGAACGUCCCUAUAUUUACAACUAUAAAAUGCCGCAAAUGCCCGACUUUUUGCGCAACACCGGCCAACAUCAGCCUCAGCAGCAGCAGCAGCAGCAACAUUCGUCACAGGAGAUGCAACAUCCCCCACAAAUGUCAGCUUAUCACAUUUCAGGCGCACAGACCGCCGAUCCGCCACCACCGCAACAAUCGCUUUAUAAAACUGCUUACGGUGGCAGCAACGGCGGUGGCGCCUCGAGCGGCGGUGGCGGCCUCGAAAGUGCAAUGCUUUAUGGUGGCGCUACGCCAGCAACCGAUGUGCUAUACUACCAGUUCGAUAACGGUAAGCCGCCCAUCGUACAACAACCAAAAUCAUUGCUGCACAAAACCGCAAACAAUUCGGUAGGUGGUGGUGGUGGUAAUGGCGGCGUGAUCGGUCCUUUGGUAUUCUUGCAGCAUGCCAUCACAACGUCGGCGCCAGCGUCGUCGUCAUCAGCGGCGUCCUCGUCAGCCCAGCAGCAGCAACAACAACAGCAGCCACAAACUGUAAGUAAAGUUGGCCAAAUGAAUGAGGCUCAUCAACUGUAAAUCGGCUAAAAUCGUAUUUGGAAAUUGAAUGCGGCUUUUGCACGCAGCAUGUGGCAUGUGGCAUGACCAGCGGCAGCAUGUUGCACGUUGUUUUGUGUUUUUCGUGUUUUUGUGUUUCGUAUCCUUUGUGUCUAAAAGCCGUGCGUUGUACGUGAAUUUUUAUUUGUUUUUUUUUUCUUGGCAUCGCACCUUUUGUUGUGAAUUCAGUUCUUUGUUUUGUGCGUGAACACCCUGUGUGAGUGUGUUUAUUUGCAUUCGUUGUUUGUUUUGUUUUGUUAACAUAUCGUUGCCCCUAUUGUGUUACUCAAUCUGUUUAUUUAACUUUCAGCAUAUUAACAAACAG